AACCUUUCUGGCACGUGAUUUCCGCAGUUUUAUGACAAAUGAAGUUCGCCUGAUAAUUUCCGAAAGCAGCGCGUGGCCCUGAACUUCUAGGAGUGCCGUUAAUUAUGGUGAAUCUGCGAGAAGGGCCACAGGGGCAGCUUCUGGGGCAGUUUCAAAGUCAAAACUCGCACAACGAGAACGGUAGUUCACCAAAGACAUGAGACAGUGACACGACCGAUGCGGGUAGUUUGACUGGGUUUCCCAGGAUUCCUUGCGGUGGCUACCCACACGGAUUUCGUAGAAAACCUGUGGGCGGAGCCGCGAGAGGUGCCGGGAAAGUAAGGAGCAUGGCUGCCGUGCUGGUGUUCUCAUCCCCUCUCUCCAAACUCCGUCGUUUUCUCCGAACCUGUUGGGGGCAACUUGGCGGCCACGCAGGGCCAUGGGCUCCGGCUUUAGCAAUACAAGCUCCAGAUUCUUUACUCAGUCCUGUUGAAGAGAAAACCGAGUAUUUUGAAAACCCCAGGUUUUUAGACAGCAUACUUUGGAUGCCAGCUCCAAAGUCAAGGCGGACAAUUGAAGUUAAUCGCACCAGACGAAGGAAUUCUGGCCAUCUUAUAAAAAUAAAGACACUUUUUUUUUCUUUUAGAGAAACAGAUAUUUGUCCUGAAUGCGGCAACCUGAAAGAGAAGCAUGUUCUUUGUGGCUAUUGUUAUGAAAAAGUUAAACAGGAAACGUAUGCCAUAAAAAAUCAAAUUAGAUUAUUGGAAAAUGGACCACAUAAGGCUCCCACUGUAGAAAGUGUUGUGCUUUAUACAGGAGAAAAACCCAGAAAUGAAGAUGAAGGCAAGCGAAUUAUCGAAAGAAACAGGAAACGUCCAUCUUGGUUCACACUGGACUAAACAGACAUCACGAUGGAAUGAUUGAUUCCCUUAUAAAAAUCUUACUUUGGAUAAUAUACAUCCAGAAGACUGCACUGUGCUCUUUAAAAACUAUGGAGAAUAUUGUGAUAAAGCUUAUAUGACAGAUGCAGCAAGUUUUCCAAGUUUAGUAAAAUGACUUUUUUUUCCUCUCCAAACUGCAGGAGGCAUAUCCCGUGCAUGGAAUCGCAUGUUGAAGGACGCUAAAUAUUAUAAAUUUUCUAACUUGCUUUUUAGAAAGUUAAAUGGCUGAGGAAUACAGCUAUAUGGAUGACCUCACACUCAACUUAAAUUUCUAGCUGUUAACCAAAGUCUUCCUUUAAUUGUAUAAAAAGAUUAUUUAAUUGGAUUAAAGUGGCUGCCCAAUACUCUGGGCACCUAACAACA